GCUGAAGCGGCACAGUGGGUGGAAGUGGGUGUGUGUUCGCGGCACGCUCAGAGCUCUACACUCGCAGCGCGGACGGCUCUGUCGGCAGUCCGCCGGAGUCAAUCCGUGUUACACGCUCGUCGCGACCGCUUUUAUAUCGAUCGUUUUAAUUUCCUGUGUUAUAACAAUACAAAAUUACAAAAACAGAACAGUAUUUUCGGUGAUUCGAGGCGGUCCACACGCGAAACCUUUGCCUAUAAAGCUAAAUAAAAAGUAGAAUUCGUAUUCAGUUUUGCAAUUCGUGGAGGGCAAAGGACCGUUGUGCAUCACGAAUUAAGCUUUGAACACUUUUAUGUUAAGUAGUAAAAUAUAACUUUUCAUCAUGAAGGAUAAGAAAAAGCGCGAUGGCGCUCACGAGGCGAUGCUCGGCGACGGUCAAGUUCCUAAGAUAGUAAAGAAAGAAACUCGGAAGAAGGACGACUACGAGGCACUGCAAAGCUUCCUGCGUAGUAUAAGUUCCACUGCCACACUCCCACCGUACGUCAAAGGCGAGACUUAUUCAUCCGUCCGAGGCGUCUUCAAUCAGUGUCUUAUAACAUGCGCCGUGCUUAUUCUGGCAGCUGGUGCCGGCCACCCUAUCGGGUUUUCGGCGGUAGCACUGCCACAACUACGUGAAGAAAACAGCUCUAUGAGAAUAGAUGACGAAAUGGGAUCUUGGAUUGCAAGUAUACAUUCAGCUGCGACGCCGCUGGGCUCGAUGCUGUCAGGGCCCGUGAUGGAGGCUAUAGGCCGACGGAGAACGUUGCAGGCAUGCACGUUGCCUUUAGUGGUCGGCUGGAUUAUCAUCGGCACAGCCACACAUCACUAUCUGCUGCUCCUCGGUAGGAUAGUGUGUGGAUUCGCUGUCGGCAUCAUGGCAGCUCCCUCACAGGUUUACUUAGGUGAAAUUUCGGAACCAAGAUUACGAGGACUUCUAAUAGGUACACCUUUCGUGGCAUAUUCACUGGGGGUGCUCUACGUGUACGCUCUGGGAGGUGCUUUACCUUGGCGUUCAGUAGCUCACCUCUCGAUAGUGCUGCCCUCACUAGCUUUUAUUGCUCUAUGCUUCUCUCCCGAAUCACCCACAUGGCUGGCUCGCCGAGGACGCUUCCACGAGGCUAUGGCGGCCAUGGCACGGCUCCGAGGUGACCCUGACACAGCGCAACGUGAGCUCCACGAAUUGAUAUCAGCCAGAGAAAAAGAAAAAGCCCGCGGUGAAGAAAACAUUAGAUUCUUUGCGACAGUGAUACGGCCAAACGUUCUAAAGCCGCUCCUACUCAUCAACGCUUUCAACCUCCUGCAGAUCUUAUCAGGCAGCUAUGUAGUCAUCUUCUACGCCGUGGACAUCGUAAAAGAUUCCGGUGGAUCACUUAAACCUACUCUCGCUGCGAAUGCAAGCGCCUUAGUAAGAUUCGGCGUGACUGUGUUCGCGUGCAUUCUACUGCUGAGGUUAACUCGCCGGGCAUUGGUGAUGAUAUCAGGUAUCGGGACGUCUGUGUGCACACUGGCGCUGGCGUUCAUACUGUCCCAAGGCCCGGGGACCGGCUUCGCGCCACCAGCACUCAUACUUGGAUACGUAGCCUUCAAUACUCUCGGCUUCUUCCUAUUGCCGGGACUCAUGAUAGGUGAGCUCUUACCGACUAAAGUAAGAGGCCUGUGCGGCGGAUACAUCUUCUGCCUGUUCAAUGCAGUGCUCUUCGGCUUCACCAAAUUAUAUCCAGUAAUGAAAAAUAGUGUAGGAAUGGCCGGUAUGUUCGGUCUCUUCGGCGCGUCCGCUACACUCGCUACUGUCGUACUGUUCCUCUUAUUACCGGAGACGAAGGGCAAAUCUCUCCUCCAAAUAGAAGAAUAUUACCAAAAACCUAACAUAUUGUGGCAAACGCGCAAGAAAAUGAUGGCGGAUAGUCAGCGCGUUUGAAACUGAUUUUAGUUAAUACAAUUAUAAGUUGUUGUACUUAAGUGCCCAUUCGAUGUGAUAUAGUUUCAUGAAGUGAUAAGUAUACCCGUGAUAUAUCAACAGAUGUAGAUACUCUGAAUACAAAUAUAUUUCUCGAAUUCCAAUAAAUAAAUAGCAAAGUGCUGUGACCAAUUUUAUGACUUAAUGACAUUUAUUUACUUACUUAAUUAGGAAUGUUAUUAGUUAAUGAUAUGUAGUUAAUAUUUAUGACAGGUAUACAUAAUUUAUAUUUAACGCAUUUACAAUAAAUUUAUAUGCAUUUUAUUCAAAUUAUAGAUAUCAUUUAAAAAUGAAUAAAUAUGCUGUAGGUACCACCUAAAUACAUAGACAAUUAAUACAUUCAUAAGACGAGACAUGUAUUGCCUUCUCUGAACAAACACACCUACAUCAUAGCGGAUGGUAUAGAAUACCUCUAAAAUAAGACAGAGAGAUUUGAAGCUGUGAUUUAACUAAUGACCUACCGUAUACAUAAGUUAACGAGUUAUGCCAAAUGCUGGCUAAUGUUAUAAACUGUUAUUUUUCUAUGGAUGUAGGAAAAUUACAAUUGUGAUAUAAUAAAUAAACAAUUUGAACCAA